GCCCGGCUCAGCCGCCGUGACAGGCCUUUGCGCAUGUGCAGAGUGAAACGUGAAGAAGGUGAAGAUGGCGGUUCCCAGGGCUGGGGUCCUGGGAGUCCGAUGGCUGCAAAGGGCGGGCCGGAAUGUUGUGCCGUUGGGUUCACGGACAGCCUCCCACAUGACCAAGGACAUGCUCCCGGGGCCCUAUCCUAAGACACCAGAAGAACGGGCCGCCGCCGCCAAGAAGUAUAAUAUGCGUGUAGAAGACUACGAGCCUUACCCAGAUGAUGGCAUGGGGUAUGGUGACUACCCGAAGCUCCCUGACCGCUCACAGCACGAGAGGGAUCCAUGGUAUGACUGGGACCACCCAGAUCUGAGGUUGAACUGGGGUGAACCGAUCCACUGGCACCUAGACAUGUAUAUCAGGAACCGUGUGGACACGUCCCCCACACCUGUUUCUUGGAAUGUCAUGUGUAAGCAGCUCUUCGGCUUCGUGGCCUUCAUGAUAUUCAUGUUCUGGCUUGGGGAGAAGUACCCCUCCUACCAGCCUGUGUGCACGCACCACUUCUCUUAUAAUUUAGGCUUUCUCUCUGCCUUAGGCUGAGCGGGGAAGAGUGCUGUCCUGCAGUUCUAGCCCAGCUGGGUCUGACCAGAGGCUACUUCAUACCCAUUUACCGUGCAUGAUGUUAACUCAGAGUGGAGUGUAGCCACAUAUUGGCUGGAUGUAUGUUCUUGCUGACCUGU